AUGGGGGAGUACCACUGUAAGUACCACUGUAAGUACCACCGUAAGUACCACCGUAAGUACCACCGUAAGUACCCCUGUAAGUACCACUGUAAGUACCACCGUAAGUACCACCGUAAGUCCCGUAAGUACCACCGUAAGUACCACCGUAAGUACCACUGUAAGUACCACUGUAAGUACCACCGUAAGUACCACCGUAAGUACCACCGUAAGUACCACCGUAAGUACCACCGUAAGUACCACUGUAAGUACCACCGUAAGUACCACCGUAAGUACCACCGUAAGUACCACCGUAAGUACCACCGUAAGUACCACCGUAAGUACCUAGAAGUACCACUAGAGGAGGAUUUCUACGAAGUACUCCCAAUUGGCAGUGACGAUGAUGGAAAAAGGAUACAGGCUGAUGAAGUGGAUGAGAAUGAUGUAAACAGUUUGCAGAAUUCAAUCAUUGACUGGACAGAAGAUGAAACAUGGACCCCAUCUAAAGACACAGAAGAAGUUUCUACCUCAGAGGAGGAAACAAGAGAGGAAGACAGUGAGUCUGACGACAGUGACACGGACUACAUACCAACAAUACGAAUCAGGUGA